GUCGCGGCGGUCAUUGUCCUUUUCGCUGUCGACAUCCUCUGCACGACGAGCAGCCUCUUUCUGUAUCCAUGGCAGAUGCACCAGUAGUCUUUAGGAAGUCAAAGCCCAAGAACGUGCAGCGGUCCCGAGUUUCCACUCCCGAUGCCGUCGAAAGCACCGGUGACGGCCAGACCGCGGACGUCGAGGACGCAGAGCCGCCGAGUGUACUGGCUACGAAGUUGAAGAAGAAGCUCAAGACACGCGAGAAGCCAAAAUCGAGACUUAGCUUUGGGGCAGAUGAGGAAGGAGAAAGCGAGGUGUUCCAGGUGAAGAAAUCUAAUCUUAGUAGGAAACUCGCGCUCGGACAGCAUCCAGCAUCGGCAGGGCAUUUCAAGCCUGCGGCCAUUGACCUCCCCUCGCCGUCGCGAUCCGGUUCAAGCGUCAGAUACGAUGCGGCAUAUCUCAACGAACUCAAGGCAAACACUCCCAGUGCCAGACCUUCCAUGCCAGAAGGGGACUUAUCCUACGACGCGGAUAUGUCAAUGGUCGAAGACUCGCUCCCGCAAUCGCACAUGUCCAGCGUAAUCGACCUUUCUGCUGAACCGGAACUCGAAACCGCCAUUCCAUCAGCGUCUGCUGUUCAGGUCGCGAAAGAGAAGCGUGAACGCUUGCGGACACUGGGAACAAGCAACACCAGCGAAGAUUACAUCUCGCUAUCCGUCUCAAAACGGAGCGACUUCUCGCAAGGCCCACAUCCUGAGAGCCGGUUGAUGCGCGAGGAAGAUGAGCUUGGGGACGCCGAUGAUGAAUAUGCCGAGUAUACGAGUGCGCAGGAGCGGAUUGCGCUCGGCAAGAAGUCAAAGAAAGCGGAAGCUAAGAAACGGCGUGAAGAAUUGAACGAACUGAUAGCCGAUGCAGAGGAAGUGGAUGAGGAAGCAAUGGAGUGGGAGCAAGAGCAGCUUCGUCGCGGUGGUCUACGCGUCUCCGAGACUCUUGAGAAGGCACCUAAGCCAACUUACAAGGCAGCACCUAUUCCGCCCAUCACUCCCAUUCCGACAUUAGGAGCUGCAGUCGCUCGGUUGACAACAUCGCUUACAGCGCUAACUACAUCACAUCAGCAAAAUACUGCCACAAUGGCUUCCCUGGGAGAAGAGCAACUCAAGCUAGACGUGCGAGAGAAAGAUAUGCGAGAGAUGAUCGCUAAGGCCGAGGACAAGCGCAGUUGGUUCGCCGCAUUUCGGGAGUGGGUCGAGAGCGUCGCUACUUUCUUGGAUGAGAAGUACCCUGGGCUCGAGAAGCUCGAAGACGAACAGGUAUACCUUCUCAAGGAGCGGGCUGACAUGAUCGCACAACGAAGGAAAGCAGAAGAUGAGGAUGACCUUUCCCUUUUCCUGGGCACAUUACCCCAAGCAGUGUCUGCAGGUGACGAAGUCGACGAUCUCGGCCGUGUGGUUCCCCGUGCCAACCCCGCAGCGUUGCGCCGCGAUCGCCUCGACGCGCGGAACAAGCGGCGACUCCUGCGGCGUGCUGGUGGCAAGGCGCAGAAUAACGAAGAAGAAGGGUACUCAACGGACUCAUCGUUACCACCAUCAGAUGCAGCCGACUAUCAGACGGCGUUGGGCAGAGUGGUGCGUGACGGCAAGGCAAUCAUGUCCGACGUGCAGGCGGAGGAGUUCAAGAACCCUAGUCGAGGACUUGGGAAGUGGUUCGGCGAAUGGCGAACACAGUUCAGCGAUAGUUACUCUGGUGCAUGGGGUGGCUUGGGCAUGGUCGGUGCGUGGGAGUUCUGGACUCGUCUUGAGAUCCUCGGUUGGAGUCCUCUGGAGGAUAGCAGGACGCUCGAUAGCUUCUCGUGGUACGACGCGCUGUACCAAUAUUCACGACCCAGUCGACCGGAUGACCGAGAUGAGGACGAAGAAGCCGAGAUGGGCCCUGAUGGCGACCUCGUGUCGGCGAUGAUUUCGACUGCGGUAAUUCCCCGUCUGUGCAAGUUGUUGGAGGGAGGGGCAUUCGAUCCUUACUCCGCCACGGACGUCAGGAAGUUGACGGACCUGGCGGAGCAGAUUGAGCUCUCCGUCGAGAGGAGUAAUUUAAAGUUCGAGAUGCUACUGAAAUCCGUCGUCACGGCAUUCCAGCUUGCUGUGACGUCGACCGACUCGAUCAUUUCUCCGUAUCUAGCGCUCAACCAGCCGCGCUUUGACCCAGAAGCGAUUCCCGCCCGCCGGCGAUUCUUGACGCGACGGUAUAAGCUACUUCAAAACCUGCUUCAGUGGAGAAGAUAUACCGGGGAACGGUUCGGCCUUGGACAGCUGGCGCAGAACUUGGUGGGCAGCGAUAUGUUACCAGUCGCCGAGGGUGGCUGGGAGGUCGGCGGGGAGGAGUCUAUGCGCAAGGUCGCUGAGCUCAUGCCGAAUGAGCUGAUACCGAAAUCACUGAAGACU